AUGAGCGAAACAGAUUCGACUUUAAAGAAUAUAUUACUUCAAAAUGAAUAUGUUCUCAUGGAACAGAUCGGCGUUGGUGGGUUUGCAACAUGCUACAAUGUCUGGUCCCAAAAGUAUCAAACGACUUUUGUUUGUAAAGUUUAUAAGGCUCAAGAUAACGCUGAUAAGGAUAAAGUUGGAGCUCAGUUAAACCAAUUCUCUCAUGAAAUUGAAGCGCUGGUUAAGAUCUUUCAAACCUACAUUAUGCGCAUUUAUUCAUAUUUCAUGACAAAUGAUAUGUUUUUUAUGAUACUCGAAUACUGUCCCAAUGGUUCUAUACAGGAUAUGAUCAAGCAUGAAGGAAAAAUUGAUGGAAAUAAGUUAAACACUUACCUGUAUCAAGCUGCAACGGCAUUAGAGUAUUGCCAUUCAAAAUCAUUUGCUCAUCAUGACAUUAAACCUGCAAAUCUACUAAUAGAUGAGAAUUUUAAUAUCAAAUUAUCAGAUUUUGGAAUGGCUGAGCCUGGUACGUGCCAUUGCGAAAAAUAUGGUGGUACACUUGCAUUCUUGGCCCCAGAAAUAUUCCUUAGACAGCCGUACGAUCCUUUCAAAGCUGAUGUUUGGAGUUUCGGCGCAACUGCAUUUUUCAUGGCUUGCGGAACAGCUCCAUUUACAGGCAGCAAUCCCACAGAGAUGAAACAACUCAUAUGUAAUGGCUGUUAUAUUAUGCCAAAUACAAUUCCACCAUAUAUUAAAAAAUUAAUUAAGAACACAAUGGUUCUGAGCCCAGAAGCCAGAUGGUCUAUGACCAAUGUUGUAGAUUAUCUUAAAGGAUUCCUGGAAACAAAGAUCACUCCGCAUAAUUCAAUGUCCGGAAUUUACCUUUCAAGCAGAAACUCAACUUUAGGUAAAAACCGUGUCAGAAGGCGGAAUAGUAUAAUGGUUACCGGCGAAAUUCGAUCUCCACUUAGAUCAUCAACAAUGUCAAGGCUAUUAGACACUUUUGCUGAAUAA